AUUGAGUCUGGGUAUGGAGAGGUUGGGGUUAGUUUUAGGGAUGCUAAACACAGGGAAUAAGAGAGAAAGUAGGGCAGAAAGCUGGAAACAUAGGUGGUGUGUAUUACGAGGCAGAAGAGCACGAGUGUAAAUGUGUGUUUGAAAGAGGGAUGCAAAAUAUGAGACAAAUUGGCAAUUUAGCUGGUGUAUAUAACUCCGAGCAGGAAAGAGGUCGGCGUUGAAGAUAUAAUAAGGAGGGUAUGAGAUAGGGUCUCGAAGCGAUAGUGGGUUAAAGUAGAGUGCAAUAAUUAUGAUUGUGAAGACAUCGGUAUGGUUGAGAGAGGAGGGAAUGCUAUUUGGGAAAAUGGGUGAGUUUGAAUGUGACAGUGGUGAGGCUGGGAUAGAAUAACAAGAGUAAUGGUAUUGUAAUAAAGGUGGCCGAAGCGAUGGGAAACAGGAGACGUUAGAUUAUUGUGGACAUUUAAAGGGCACAGUCAGUGAAGACUCAGAGGGACAUGGCUGGUGACCUGAGAAACAAGAUAAACUUAGAGUUAAAAAGACGGAUGACCUGGUUAGAGAGGAGAGAAAUGGACUAGCGUUAUAGAGGUCGAGGAGAGGGUGGGAGAGAGAUGGACGGACCACAUGGGACAGGGGGAGAUAGAAGCUGGGGAAGUUACCAAUGGAAGAGAGAAGAGGAUGGGGAGUGAUGCAAAUUGAGGAAGGAUGAGACGCCAAGGCAAGAUAAGGACAAGUGGUAAGAGUACAGAGUCUGAGGGGAGAUGAAGACAAAUGUCAGGAGUAUAGAGGCUAAGGGGAGAUGAAGACAAAUGUCAGGAGUAUAGAGGCUAAGGGGAGAUGAAGACAAAUGUCAGGAGUAUAGAGGCUAAGGGGAGAUGAAGACAAAUGUCAGGAGUAUAGAGGCUAAGGGGAGAUGAAGACAAAUGUCAGGAGUAUAGAGGCUAAGGGGAGAUGAAGACAAAUGUCAGGAGUAUAGAGGCUAAGGGGAGAUGAAGACAAAUGUCAGGAGUAUAGAGGCUAAGGGGAUAGAUGUACAAAUGUCAGGAGUAUAGAGGCUAAGGGGAGAUGAAGACAAAUGUCAGGAGUAUAGAGGCUAAGGGGAUAGAUGUACAAAUGUCAGGAGUAUAGAGGCUAAGGGGAUAGAUGUACAAAUGUCAGGAGUAUAGAGGCUAAGGGGAGAUGAAGACAAAUGUCAGGAGUAUAGAGGCUAAGGGGAUAGAUGUACAAAUGUCAGGAGUAUAGAGGCUAAGGGGAUAGAUGUACAAAUGUCAGGAGUAUAGAGGCUAAGGGGAUAGAUGUACAAAUGUCAGGAGUAUAGAGGCUAAGGGGAUAGAUGUACAAAUGUCAGGAGUAUAGAGGCUAAGGGGAUAGAUGUACAAAUGUCAGGAGUAUAGAGGCUAAGGGGAUAGAUGUACAAAUGUCAGGAGUAUAGAGGCUAAGGGGAUAGAUGUACAAAUGUCAGGAGUAUAGAGGCUAAGGGGAUAGAUGUACAAAUGUCAGGAGUAUAGAGGCUAAGGGGAUAGAUGUACAAAUGUCAGGAGUAUAGAGGCUAAGGGGAUAGAUGUACAAAUGUCAGGAGUAUAGAGGCUAAGGGGAUAGAUGUACAAAUGUCAGGAGUAUAGAGGCUAAGGGGAUAGAUGUACAAAUGUCAGGAGUAUAGAGGCUAAGGGGAUAGAUGUACAAAUGUCAGGAGUAUAGAGGCUAAGGGGAUAGAUGUACAAAUGUCAGGAGUAUAGAGGCUAAGGGGAGAUAUGGGCAAAUAGGAAAUCCCCUAAAAAAAAUUUUUUGAUUCAGACAGAGCAUACAGUUUAAAAAAAAUAAAAUCCAAUUCACUUCUAUUGACACAAUUGUUUUAUGGUCUUCUUUAUAGGAAAUAGUGCAGCCGUCUAGUGUAAUGUUACGGAUCGAAAACCUUGCAGAACUGCUUCCAUAUAGUGCUCCAGACACAUGCAUGCUCCUGAGCUUUUCCUCAACAAAAUAUACCAAGAGAAGGAAGACAAUUUGAUAAUAGAAGUUAAUUAGAAAGUUGUUUAAAAUUGCAUGCUCAAUCUGAAUCAUGAAAGAAAAAUUCUGGGUUGGAGAGUCUGAGGGGGAUAAGUUAAAGGGACACUGAACCCAUUUUUUUUCUGUUGUGAUUCAGACAGAGCAUGCAAUUUUUAGCAACUUUCUAAUUUACUCCUAUUAUCAAAUUGUCAUCAUUCUCUUGGUUUAUUUGAAAUUCAAGAAUGUAAGUUUAGAUGCCGGCCCAUUUUUGGUGAACAACCUGGGUUGUUCUUUCUGAUUGGUGGAUAAAUUCACCCACCAAUAAACAAGUGCUUUGCAUGGUCUGAACCAAAAAAAUUGCUUAGAUGCCUUUUUCAAAUAAAGAAAGCAAGAGAACGAAGGAAAAUUGAUAAUAGGAGUAAAUUUAAAAGUUGCAUGCUCUAUCUGAAUCACAAAAGAAAAAAAAUUGGGUUCAGUGUCCCUUUAACAAAUGAUAGGAGUGGAGAGGCUGAGGUGAGAGAUGGACAAAUGCAGGCGAGGAUGAGGGAAGAGCUGAACAAAUAACAGUAGUGGAGUGGCUGAGGGGGAGAAAUGGAUAUUUGAGAGGCGGAGGGAAGGAGGGGGGGGGGGAAGAUGGACCAACGAGAGAAGAGGCUGAGGGAAGGGGUGGACCAACGAGAGAAGAGGCUGAGGGAAGGGGUGGACCAACGACAGGAGAGGCUGAGGGAAGGGGUGGACCAACGAGAGAAGAGGCUGAGGGAAGGGGUGGACCAACGAGAGAAGAGGCUGAGGGAAGGGGUGGACCAACGAGAGAAGAGGCUGAGGGGAGGGGUGGACCAACGAGAGAAGAGGCUGAGGGAAGGGGUGGACCAACGAAAGAAGAGGCUGAGGGAGGGUGUGGACCAACGAGAGGAGAGGCUGAGGGAAGGGGUGGACCAACGACAGGAGAGGCUGAGGGAAGGGGUGGACCAACGACAGGAGAGGCUGAGGGAAGGGGUGGACCAACGACAGGAGAGGCUGAGGGAAGGGGUGGACCAACGACAGGAGAGGCUGAGGGAAGGGGUGGACCAACGACAGGAGAGGCUGAGGGAAGGGGUGGACCAACGACAGGAGAGGCUGAGGGAAGGGGUGGACCAACGACAGGAGAGGCUGAGGGAAGGGGUGGACCAACGACAGGAGAGGCUGAGGGAAGGGGUGGACCAACGACAGGAGAGGCUGAGGGAAGGGGUGGACCAACGACAGGAGAGGCUGAGGGAAGGGGUGGACCAACGACAGGAGAGGCUGAGGGAAGGGGUGGACCAACGACAGGAGAGGCUGAGGGAAGGGGUGGACCAACGACAGGAGAGGCUGAGGGAAGGGGUGGACCAACGACAAUAAGCGCAGCUCUCCUGUCCGUCAUAUUGUCUAAUUGAUUGACAGAUGACGAUUCUUAAAAAAACUAUUCCUUUGCAUAAACGCCAUGGCCCGGGGGAAACAAGGAUUAGUUGGUUAUGUAAAAAGCUGUAGAUGGGUAGUGACGGCAUUAUCUUUUCUUUUUUUUAACAAUAAUAAAAAAAAAUAUCAAGUAGGCUAUCCCUUUAAGUGUACAUAAAACACUUUGAUCUUGUAAUACAAAACACUCAUUAUGAGCAUUGUGAUUGUUUAGGUUAUUUAUAUCAGUCCCUAAAUUUCGUUAGAAGAGCAGAUUAGAGUAUGUCAAUUGAUUGAAAAACAAUUCAAAUUUUGCAAACAAAAGGACAGUUUAAAUAUUUUUGUUAAAUAUUUGCUUUGAAUGCAUACCUCGUGCAGUGUCUGUGUAUGUACAGUAUAUAAAGAAAAUGUGAAUGGCUGAGGGGAUGUUCUCCACAUAAAAUGUUGCCAGCGGGGUGGCAUUAUGAAGUAGCUGAGUGGUGGAAGUGUAAUACUUUGCAAUAUUAUAUUCUUUUAUUUAGAAAUGUUAUUUAAAGGGACAGAAUACCCAAAUGUUGAAGCACUUGAAAGUGAUGCAGCAUAACUAUAAAAAAAAGCUGAUUAGAAAAUAUCACCUGAAACCUCUAUGUAAAAAAAGGAAGAUAUUAACCUUAAAAUUUCCUAAGUAUUCACACCUCAGGACAUGCUAGGGAUUGUGCAUCUGGCAUGUGCAGGCACAGUCAUGUUAUUUUCCUAUUUAGUUUAUGGAAGUUUAUUGUGAAUUUUUUUUUUUUGUAAACUUUACAGCAGCUCUAACUGUUCACAUAGCACUUACUCUUGGUGAGCUAAAGGAAUUGUGAGGUAAAAUAUCUUCCCUUUUUACAUAGAGAGAUGUUCAGGUGAUAUUUUCAUGUCAGCUUUUUACUGUUAUGUUGCAUCACUUCUAAAUGACUUAUCUUCUGAGUGUUAUGUCUCUUUAAGCUAUCCAAAGCACAAAUGAAUUGCAUAAUUGGUAAUGAUAAUUUGUGCAACAAAUGUUAAAUAAAUGUAAUAUUGGCUCAUUUUAGCUUAAUAGUGGCUUACAUUUUAGUUGGGUUUCUAGUAAAAUCAGCUAAGUGUUGUACCUAAUUAACAGGUCCUGAAGAGAACACUGGGCUGAGGGAGAGGGUAUUAAUGCAACUAGCUAUUUGAGGUCUAGCCCCUCUGGGAGGAAAUGGAACAAGCACUAUUGUCAGAUAUCUUUUGCUUCAAAAGCAAGAAAAAUGACUGUUGCAUUGCUAUUUUUUCAUUAAAGAUUUUAUGGGGGAUUCAAUUUUGAUUUGUGUCGCUUCAAAUUUAGCUUUACAACUUCAUUGUUAUAUCAAUUCUAGGUUCUAUUUAUCUGUAAAAUUGCAAAUAUGUAACAGACCUUGCAGUCAUCACAGCAACAGUGGCCCCUAUUGGGUAGCUGUGAAAUUCUUUAUCAUGGACCAGACUGCCAGCCGUGGCAGCAGUGCGGCGGUGCAAGUGCAGCCGAGAGAAUACAAGCUUGUUAUGCUUGGUGCUGGGGGUGUCGGAAAGAGUGCUAUGACCAUGCAGUUUAUAAGUCACCGAUUCCCUGAAGAUCACGACCCUACAAUUGG